GCCUUUGCUUUCACAGUGUGUAUACAUUCGUUUCGAUAUGGAUAUCAAUUGAGCUCCGGAUUACAAAUAUUUUUCAUCGAUCAGUAACACGUUUUUCUUUUGGACAGAGUCGAUUUUCCUAUAUACACAUAGUGACACGUACGCGCACACAGACACAGAUACAGGCACACACGCACACAUAAGAAGCGACAGAUCGUUGGCAGGGAAAACCAACGAACCUUAAAAUCCCAAAGUUAACCGGAAACGCAACCGAAAAAUAAAACAGGCAACAGAAACGGUUGAUGAUCAAAUCGGCAAGGAUCUAGAGCACGAAAAUGAAUCGAGCACGAUUCAAUCAUCUGCGAAACGACCGGGAGAACGAUGGGCUGCCCCAGGUGCUACAAGUGGCCGGUCCUCAAGCCGGCAUGGGAAAUACCUUGGGCACAGGCCGCAAGACCACCUUCACCCGUACAGAACUAAUGCAGCGUACUCCAAAUGCUACUACUGGAAAUCGUUCGAAGCGCUUGAACAAUCUAAGCACUGCCAAUCGACCCUUGGGCAAUGCAACAACUGUUGCUAUCGAGCCGAAUGCCAAUCGACGUGCAGCACCCGGACGCGGACAAUUCCUGCCGCGCGUAGCCAAGCUGGCCACCACCAACAACAGCAAUAACAUUAACAAUAACAACAGCAACAUUUCAAGCAUUCACAACACCGUCAACGCUGCCACUACCGUCACUACCAUCAUCGGCAGCAGCCGAGUGGCAUUCGGGCGCAGCAGGUCGCCCAUGAAGAAGAAGACAGCAACGCAGCCAAAGCAGCAACAGACACAGCAGCAGCUGCAACAGCAGAAACAGCUGCAGAGGCAGCAGCAGAAGCAGCAGCAGCAGCUGGAGCUGGAGCUGCAGAGGGAGCUGGAGCGGGAGCUGGAGCUGGAUUUAGAGCUAGACCAGGAUCUGGACCAGGAUCAGGAUCAGGACCAGGAGCUGGACCAGGAGCCAGAGCCAACAUCACUGCUGACACCGCAGCCGCAGCUGAAGCUACAGCCGCUGGUGAUGGGCGACAGUUGCAGCAGCAGCAGCAGUGGCAGCGGCAGCGCCAGCAGCAGCAGCACAACCAGCUUGAACAACAGCAGCAACGAGCUGCGCAAGCUGAAGCUGGCGAAGGCAUCGCAGCUGCCAGAGGAGCAGAACCAGAGCUUCGUCUAUCUGUGCAAGCCCGUGAAGAAGGUGAAGGAGCUGUUCAUGGUGCGUCCAUUGCGCAACAGCGGCGACAAUGUGGACAGCGUCGAUCAGCAGCAGUCGCAGUCGCAGCAGCAGCAGCAGCAGCAGCAGCAGCAGCAGCAGCAGGAGUGCGACUUUCCUACCGAUGACUUGAUCGAGAUGGACAGCGAUCUGUUUAGCUAUGGCAGCAGCACCAGAUGCCAGGAUCUGGAUCGUGACUUGGACAUGGACGGCGAGCGUGAGAAUGAGCAGGAGUUGGAGCUGCAGACACAUUUGAUCGAUGUGCGCCACCGUCAGCAGCAUCUGCUCCACCUCGCCGAGCGGGCACUGCAAACGGAUGUGGUCGAGCAGGACGAGCAGGAGCAGAAGCAGGAGCAGCAGAAGCAGCAGAAGCAGCAGCAGCGAAAGCAACGUAAGCCCAAAAUUGAUAUCGAAAUGGUCUGGCAGAAUAUACCGACACUGCAGCGCGAGAUCAAGCUGCUGCAGCAGCUGGGCGAGAAGCUGGAGGCAACGCUGCGCGCCAACAAUCAGAUCAGCGCCAGGGGCAGCGGCCUCAGCUCCAGGGCCGUCGACAGCGACUCGAUGCUGUUCUACACGCCACGCUCCUCUCUCACGCUGGCCGGCCGCGAGCCGCUGCCCAUCGUCCAGCUGGGCUGGCGUCGCCUCGAGCAGCUGGCGCUGGCCUGGCAGCGGGCCAGGAUUGCCUGUCGUGCGCGCAGCUUUGGGUACGCCCGUGAGUACCGCAUCGAGACGAAGACCCUGACGGAGCUGAAAACCGCCGACGAGCUGCAGUGCUUCUAUAUGCCGCUGGCCGAGGGCGGCGGACUGCAGCGCACCUCGUUCCGCAUGCUGCGCGAGAAUCCGAAUGUGCUGCUCCAGCAGCUGCGUCCGCUCUCGCCGGCGCGUCCAUUCAACUUGCUCGAGCACGACGCCAUGUUCUUCAACAGCAUCCUGGGCUAUGGGGAGCUGCAGCACAUGAUCCGCUCCGGGCACGUGCCAGCCCCCACACCGGCAAGGGAGACGGGCGGCGGUGCCUGCACCCAGCAGAUUCCUCUGGGCAGCCAGCUGCCGUUCAACAUGGCGCCCUACAAUCGCCUCUCGGUGCGCUCCAAGAACAAGGCCUGGUCGACUGAGGACAUGAAGCGUAUACUGACUCCAACUAGCGAGGAAGCCGCAGCCGCAGCAGCAGCUGCAGCAGCUGAAUCUGCAAAUGGUGCUGGUAGUGCUGCUGGUAGUGCUGAUGGUAGUGCUGCCGCCACUCCAGCUGCUGCUGAUGCUGCUGAAGUUCCAGUUGCUACUGAAGAUCCAGACAAGGAUGAGCCACAGGCUGUCGCUGAGCAACAGAUGCCCAAGAAGAUUAAUCCGUCACCAUUGAAGACCCGUAAACGCGCCAAUCAUCGCCAGGUGACGCCUCUGAAGACGCCCGGCCAUGAGCUGGAGCCACGCAUGCAGACGCAGCUGCUCAAGACCGUUCUGGUGGGCAUCGUUCAGGUGGCCGUCUUCUUGGUGCUCAUCAUGGCCUUCACCUAUCCGGAUGUACGCUGCUGAAUCGCAGCCAGCCAGCCAGCCGUCCAUCCGCCGUACACCGUACGGUGUCCAGCGGAGUCCGGGCGGCUUCAGCUCGUUUUAAUCACGAAUUUUAUUUUCUUUAUUCUUUUGACUUUAUUGCCAACAAACAACGAAAGGGGGGCGCCGCCAUGGGAACCUUCAGGGUAUGCAGGGUAACGGGUUCCCGAACAAAUUGCGAGCGGCAAUCCGGUUAAACGGAUUCCGAAUUUUGAUUUUGGGGUCGCAUUACAACUCCCCCGCCACCCCCA